ACAGCUAUAAAAUGAGUUUCUUUGCAUCAGGAGAGAGUAAUGGUACAAUUACAAUGACAGUUCCACAGAAAGAUAAUGUAAAAGUUUCACAGCGAGAAAAAAAGGUGUAUGUUAACCCCGACCUACCACUCAGCAACAUAGGGCAUCUUUUGUCAGGGGAAAGGAAUGCAUCACAAUAUUAUGGAAAGAUGGACAAAUUUGGAAUAUAUCCACAAGGUCCUGUACACCUUCAGUCAACAGACUUUCAGAAUUUCCCAGAUAAAUAUGAUUUUAAAAAAGCUGGCAUCUUGCAUAUUGGGACAACUAAAUCACAGAGCAUGAAAAAGGCCAUGGCACCAAGAAGUAAUCAGGAUUUUCCUGGUUUAUUAGAAGCAGACCUGACAGAGAAACCAAGAAAAUAUGAAAGAGAAAAAGAGGCACAGGAAGAUCAAUCCACCACAGACACAAUCACUGAUGAACUUUUUUCACAGCUAUUAGAAGCUGAUGGUGACAGUUCAGUUUUGGAUUGCAGAAUGUCGACAUCCGGGCCAAGCAAAACACAAGGUCAUGUGACACUGGAUCAGAACCAGGAUCUUACUCCAGAUAUCCAGCCAACACCAGAAAGCCAAUACACACUGAAUCCCCAGACUAAAGUUUGGUCCCAGGACAGAUGUUAUCAAGGAAACCAACAAGGUGAGCAGUGGGCCCUGGAGAGUGUCUGCUGUGAAGACCAAGGUAUAAAAGAUCAAAGUCACCUGGACAAGACAGGCUUACAAGUUUUACAUGAGGUUAUUGAGUUAGAAUCUGAUACAGGCCAAGAAAGUUUGAAGAAGCUGAUGGUGCAAAAUAGUGGAGGAAUGUCUAUUGAUGAAGUGACUUAUGAGGAUUUACUAAUAGAAAUUGACAGUACAGAUUUGAUUGGGUAUGAUACCCGAACAAAUAAUGCUAAGAAAGAAUACUAUGGGGAAUCAUCAAAAGACACUGAAGUAAUAAAGAAUCAGAAGUAUCAUCAUGGCACUGAAACGACAGCUGCUAGUGGUGAAGUUACCUGUGGUGAUUUACUUAUUGAUCUAGUGCCUGGAAUAGUUGAUCCCAAGGAGGUGAGCCAGCAGCACUCACUAAAAGAAAUAAUAAAGAACCAGGAGAGUCAUGGCUAUGGAACAGCUGCUAGUGGUCCAGUUACCCAUGGUAAUUUACUAAUUGACUCAGAGAUUCUUAAGUUAUUGGAAUGUGUCAAUGAAACAGCUGAUUCAAUUGAGGAGAGCCAGCAGCAGCAGUUACCAAAAGACCAUGACUUGAUGAAGAACCAGGUGGCCCAUGGAACCAGACCUACUGCUUGUAUUGCACCGACAUGUGGCAAUUUACUUCAAAACACUGGAUUCCAAAACUUGAGAAGUGACACAAAAGGAGCUGAUUUUGAGAAAGUAACCCGGCAAAACUUAUUAAAAGACUCUGAAUGGGUGAUGAACCAGAUAGGCCAUCACACUGGAAUGGCUUUUAGUCAGGCAGUAGGCUGUGGAGUUCUACCUAACAAACUGAUGAAUAGAACAGUGCAUGAUACGAAAACAGCUGAUAGAAAGGAAGAGGCUUAUGAGACUUUACCAGCAAAUGCAAAGUUAAUGGCGAAUAAUUUACCCCAUUUCACUACAAAAGCUGUUAGUAAAUCAGUGGUCUGUAAUAAUCUUUUUACAGAAAUUGAAAUAAGAAAGGAGCAAAUGAGUUAUAACACAGGAGCAGUAAAUACUAACAAUGGUGUUUUCAAUGAGACAGAAGGAAAUUUGAGGAAAUUUGCACAGAAUCAUACUAGACUCUCAUCUUCUGUCUGCACUGAUGAGAUACCCAAAACAUCAACAAAGAUUGACCUGACAGAUGAGAUGACUUCAGAAGAAAUAAUGUCAGAGAAUGAAGGGUUGAAAAAGAGGCUUGUAAAGAGAAGAUUGAAGCGAAAGUUACUAAAUCAGACCAAUGAACCAUUACAGAAGCGAACCAAUGAACCAGCAUCAAAAGUCAGAAAAAUAUUAGAUGCAAGUCAGAAUUUUCAGAAUGAUUGCCAGAUAGGGUUCUAUGAGGAAAAUGGGGAAGAGUUGAAUAACAGGAACCAAAGAGAAGUGGUGGAGUCAAGCCAACAAGACCUCACAGAGUCGAAUAUCCUUGUGGAAAAGCAGUUUCCCGAGUUAAAUACUUGGGAAAAUGAAUACCUUGAAUACCAAGAAGCAAAUUUUGGUAAUAUACCAAAUCUUGAUGAUCUGGGGGUCAAUGUGUAUGACAUAUAGGUGAAAACUUCUGAUCAAAAGAAUUUUUAGUUCACCUCGACAAAGUCAAGAUGAGUUUAUGCUAUACCCUCAACGUUGGUGUCAGUGUUAGCGUCAGCGUCCCAAGUGAAAAUUUUAGAGCAGGUCCAUUCCCAAGUUACUAUAAGCCCUACCAUAACCAAACUUGCAUGGAUGAUGCAUCUUGGGAUGGACAUACAAGCCUUGCCUCAGAUGCUGGAUCAGGCAUACAUUUUCCAGAUGAGUGACCAGGUUAAAGAUUUUGGAGUAGGUCCAUUCCCAAAUAACUAUAAGCCCUAUCUGGACCAAACUUGCAUGGAUGAUGCAUCUAGGCAUAGACACUACCAGACUGGCUUCUGAUGCUGGAUUUUUGAAGUAGCUCUUUUUAAUUUAUGCCCUGUUAUGAUUUAACUUGCAUGGAUGAUGCAUCUAAGGAUGGAAAAUGGAGACUUGCUUCGGAUGCUUGAUCUGACCUACAUUUUCCAAAAGGUGACCACGUUAAAGUUUUUGGAACUGGUAAAUCCCCAAUGAACUUAAAUACUGUAGAAGUACUUUUUUCUGUGUGGUAUUAAUUUCGGCUAUGUACGCGGUCACAAAUCUUCCACGGAAAUUUGUCCAAGCGUACUUAAUAUAAAUGUAAGGCAUAUAGUCACAUUCUAGGAAAUACGUGAAAUUUUCUACACAUGGAUUUAACAGAAAUUGAGAUUCCGUGGAAUUAUGACCCCCUGGAAAAAAGUACAUCUACAGUACCUAGUUAAACAGAACUUGCAUGAAUAUUGUUGUCAGGAUAAAUUCUAAGUACUAUAUAGUAUAAGAAAAUAUGAUGUGAGAUUUGCAUUACUUAAACUGAUAACAUUCUUCCAGGUGAGCCACGUAAUCUUUGAUUACCUAUGUUUUUGUUUACAAUGAUUAGGUGAUUUAUUAUAUACCUAAUGUGUAUCACCCAAUUUUACUGUUGAAUUUAUGCUAUCACAUGACGUCGUGAUCCAAUUUUCCAGAUCACCAACAUGUUGUUUUCUGAAUCCAUAUCACCACUCUCUGAAACUGAUGAUGUAGUAUGCAGAAAUAUGUUGUUAUUUUUCUUGUGCGUUAAAAAGUCCCUUGUGCUUUGUUUUAUGGAUAAAUGUUAUGCAAUUGA